UUUGAAGCUUGUUCCAAACUGACAGAAGUUGAAGCUUCAGUUUCUAAAUUGUUUAGACCCAAAUUUAGUCGAACCAGUCAAAACUGUCGCAACUAUAUCCGCCAACAUUGAACUCCUCCAAGGUCACCUACAUACUUAGUAGUAGUACCUUAGGUAUAUAAUUCAUUCUACGUACAGCUGAUAUACAUCGAUCCUUAAAGAAGGUGCCAUACCAUUACCGCCAAAUCUAAUCAUAAUAACAAGCAUCAAGAUGUCUGCCGAGAAACGACCUGCGUCCGAUGAUCCAGGCGCUGGCCAGUUGGUAGUGAAGAGGCAAAAGCCGGGAAGUAGCACUGCUCUUUCUCGUCGAGAUGGAGCUUCUGGAAGCGACGCAUUAGUGCACUCCGCAGUCAGAACGAGCAAUCUUGAGGCACCCCUAAUGGAACUAUCAGGACACUCUGGGGAGAUAUUCUCGGCAAAGUUUAACCCAACAGGAGAUUUAAUUGCAUCUGGCUCAAUGGAUCGAAAUAUCUUACUUUGGAAAUCUUCCGGCACAUGUGACAAUUACGGCGUUUUAACGGGCCAUCGAGGUGCGGUGUUGGACUUACAAUGGUCUCGCGACUCAGAGAUUUUAUACACAGCCUCGGCCGACAUGCAUCUUGCAAGUUGGGAUUUAACAUCCGGAACCAGAAUACGACGAUACAUCGGGCACGAAGAGAUCAUAAAUACUAUGGAUGUAAGCAGGCGCGGCGAGGAGCUCUUAAUCAGCGGGAGUGACGAUGGCACGAUAGGGAUAUGGGACCCCCGAACAAAGAAUGCUGCGGAUUACAUUGAGACGGAGUUCCCGAUUACAGCGGUCGCAGUCUCGGAGGCGGGUAAUGAGAUUUACUCGGGAGGAAUUGACAACGAUAUCAAAGUCUGGGAUAUGCGCAAAAAAGCUGUGGUUUAUUCGAUGCUCGGUCACAAUGAUACCAUAACUAGCUUGCGUGUCUCGCCAGAUUCGCAGUCGCUGCUCUCGUACUCCCACGAUUCGACAGCAAAGACCUGGGACAUCAGGCCCUUUGCGCCUACUGAGCGACACAUCCGCACGUUUGAUGGUGCUCAAAUGGGCAUUGAGAAAAAUCUCGUUCGAGCUAGUUGGGAUAAAGCUGGCAAGAAGAUCGCUGUUGGGGCCGGUGAUGGGACGGUGAUCAUAUGGUCUAACGAUAACGGCAAGCUUCUCUAUAAGCUACCAGGCCACAAGGGGACCGUCAACUGUGCUGAGUUCACUCCUGGCGAGGAGCCCGUUAUCCUAUCGGCAUCUUCUGAUCGCCGAAUGCUGCUUGGAGAGCUGAGAUGAGAAGCCCAAUCACUCGACAAGAAUGAUAGUGAAAUAAUAAGCCGCUUCUUCCAUUGGCGGCACGGUUAUAUGAUAAGCCCUCGACAACGAGUACUUGGGCUUAUUUAUUAUCCUACCUUGCUGAUAUCCCAAUGGCUAGGCCUUUCGCUUUGGUUCACAUCCAUUCGCCUGGCCUAGCAUUUCAGGUUUGUCCCAUAAUAGCCUACAAUAAAGUAGGUAGACUAGGUAGGGUCAGCAUCGAACAAACUCCUAAAAAAAAAGUCGAUAUGGUCGUCCCUCAGACUGAAGAAUGGAGGCAAGUUGUCAGUGGGCCAAGUAAGGCUGCAUAUUAUUUGAACAUGGUUGAGCCUCAUUAUAAGGCCUACCAAACAGCACCAGUACAAAGGGCCCUUAGCAGGUCUAGAUACCUUGAUACAUACCCUGAUACAUACCCUGAUACAUACCUUGAUACCUCAUACUUACUUAGGUAGUGACCUAAAAUAGUAAUGGCUGCCUCUUUCAAAAUCAAGAAAUUGAAAAUGCCAACUGUUUUUUGUUUUGCUCAUCCAAUGAUUUUUAUGUUC